AUGAUCCGGCGUUUCCUCCUGGUCAGCUUGGGGAUGAUUUGCCUGGCCCAGCAGCAGGAUGCUGUCAGCAGUCGUGAUGUGAAGGGCUUCAGACGGAUUGUGAGCCAUGUGAACUCGAUGGCGAAGUCGGAGAAGGCAGCGGCCAUCGCACAGGCAUCAGCAGCCGGAGCGGUCGCACAGGCUUCUAUCGCGUAUCAACAAGGUGAAGGCGACCCCUCGCAGGGGAUCCUCCCGCCCAUGAUGCAGGACCUACGAGCACCCCCGGAGAUGGGGAGCUGGAGCAUUCCUGCUCGCUUCCUUCCGCUUGGUGUUGGUCGAUGCGAACCGACUUGCCAAGAUGCGAGCCGGUCGGAAGGAAGGAUGCCAGCAUGUCAACGAAAAACGAGGGAGACGGUGCUCAGAGAUAGCGACUGCAUCCCAGGCUGCAUGAGCGAAUGUUUGCCCGCUUGCAUGAACGGAACAAACAGUGAGAGGCGCUGCGGGACAGAGUGCGACGAGUUCUGCAAGAGAGACUGCAAGGAGCAGAAGACAUUAGGAAGAGGGGGAGAGGAAGAGGGCAAGGGAUCAGUUGAUGAUGAGGAGGGUGAAAUCGGAGGAAUGGCGACUGAUGGCAUGGAUGGAGAGGACUUGAAAGAGGACGAGGACGGAGAAGAUUUAGUGGGAGAGAAUGGCCUGGGGGAUGGAGGUGACGGACUAGGCGAGGGGGAGCUGGGAGAUGAGGCGAUGCCCGGAAGCGCGAACUGUGGAAAGAGCUGUGCGAACAAUUGCGAUGAAGAAUGCCAAGACGACGAGGAGGAUGCACAGUCAGCUUGCCGCCAGCAGUGCAAUGAGGAGUGCAGGUUCUUGUGUGCUCCCCUUGGUUCCACUCUAGCCAGCACGGAUGGCGACAAACUAUUGGACGAGCAGGAUGAGGAGGAAGCGAACGUGCUUAGACGUCACCCUCAGCAGUCUACCGACUGGCUGUGGCUGUUUCUUGCUUUCAUCGUCCUGGCAGCGAUCGCUCUCGUCGUCUUCAAGAAGCAUCUCCACCGCUACCGCCGCAUCUUCGCCCUGCGACUGGUUUGA